ACCUAGCGCCCAGUUCCUAUGCCUGCAAUGGGAUUCCCAGUCUCGUUCGUGACGUCACCGCACCACGUGGUUAGCUGGAAAGUGGAGGGGAGAAGCAAUUCGCUCUGGCGUUUGGGAAAGAGACAGGAGACCGGAAACAGAGCAAUGUCAUCGAGCAAGUUGGGACAGCGUUUAGCAGCAUGUCUUUUAAACGUGUCAGAGGCCAGGAAAAAAUACGUUGUAGAGAAAAUUGCAAGAGCUGCAUUGUAUGACAAAAAUGGUAAAAUGCAUCCAAAUACAGCAGUGCUGAACAUAUUUUCAGAUUAUGACUACAACCGAUCCGUUAUCACUAUAGCAGCUACUGCUGAACAAAUAGGAAAGUCAGUGCUAUCUGCAUGCAUUGAAGGCUUUGCUUCCAUUGACCUAGCUGAGCAUGAUGGAAUACAUCCCUGUCUUGGAGCUAUAGACCUUGUUCCUAUUUAUCCACUGUCAGGUGUAACAUUGGAAAAAUGUGGAGAAGUGGCCAGGGACAUUGCUGAAGGGAUGGCCACUUCCAUUCCAGGAUGCAGUAUCUUUCUUUUUGGGUAUGCUGAUUUGCAAGACCAGAAAAGCCUAGCUGAGAAAAGAAGAGAUUUGGGUUGGUUUAAGAACAAAACAGGUAUUGAUUUAAACAAACUAAAAGCUGAUGUUGGAGCACAGCCAUCAAGGAGAUACGGAAUAACAGGUGUUGGUGCAAGUCCUUAUGUGAUGAACUGUAAUGUGACUCUCUGCACUCAGGAUCUGGCAAUCGGAAGAGCAAUUGCAGCUGCAAUUCGCAGCCGCACAGAAGGGGGUUUAAAAGGAGUGCAAGCCAUGGCCUUCCCACAUGAUGGUUUGGUAGAAAUAGCUUGUAAUGUUGAGAGCUUCAGUGAUGCCCAAGAGUCCAGCUUUACAACACAUGUGAAGAAAUAUAUUUCCUAUAGCAUUUGUGGGAAGGCAUUUUCAUACAUGUCUCCUCAGCAUAUAGAGGCUCGAAUUAGGGAGCUGGCCACACAGCAUGGUAUUGAGAUAGCUGGGACUGCACUUGUUGGCUUUUCACCUCAAAUUUGUAAAAGCACUACAGAGUAUGCUUUAUCUCAUGGAAUAGCAGAAUUUUGGAAAACAAGAAAAGGGAUUUUUAUGUAAAAUAAAAAAAGUACUAGCUUUUUAAAAUGAAGGUCAUUUUGCAGACAAUUUUAAAGUGCCAAGUUCAAAGCAAAUUUGGUUACCAUGUCUCACCUUUGGCAUUUGCCCACAAUUAGUGAUUAGCGGACCUCUGCCGUUCCACAGAAAAAUGAGCGAAACAGCAAAAAUAUGCAAAACAUAUUGAAGUCAAGGGGUGUUUUUUCACAGCAACUUGCCAUUGUAUUGGCAGGUUUUGUUUUUGUAUAAAAUAUGAAGAACAGAAGAUUUUUUUUUAAAACUAACCUUCCACUUUGUUAAGAGACUGUUCCUUUUGUAUCCAGUACACAAAGAUAGAAUUCUUACCUAUGUUGUCAUGUGUUAGUGAUAUCGCCUUAUAAAAUGUUGGGGGUAAUUUAAUACACUUGUAGCAUAACAUUUGAUUAGGGAAAGUAAGAUUAAAAUGUUCUGGCUCCUUUUCCAGAAAUAAUAAAUUACCAAGACUUUUCCAGAAAGGUUUCCAAAUUGCUUUUCUCUCUUGUAUUUAAAGAAAACCAUAAAGGCUUUAGUGAGUGCAAAUAAAGGAAAGAGAAAUUGAAACAAAGUACCACUAAAAAUUUACCUGCUAUUAACUUAGGGCCACAUUAACUGGAAUCACUUUUUAAACCCACAAAAUUUUGAGGGAACUAUUUUCUUAAAGGAAAGGGAGAAAACCACACCAGCUCAGUGUAGUUUCGAGGGAGCGAUCCUCUUCAGCCAAUUGUCAUUCUUCAGAAUCCUAGGGCCGGCACAUGCGCAAUAGAGUGAAAAUGCCAACCUUCUUGUUAGAGUUCGGCCUUUCACUCUGCACAUGUGGAAGCGGUGCAAAGACGAAAGAACGAAAAGGAUCUCUCCCUUGCAGCUACCCCAGGCUGGUGCAGUUUUCUCCUACCAGAAGCACCAGCCUGUGGUAAAAGGUAAGCUUUAUGAUCACGGGGGGUGUCUAAUAUUUGGCACCCUGCAGCGAUUUUUACCUUUCCUUCUCCUUUAAUGAGCCAUUAUACCAACCAGUUUUGGAUUAUAAGAUUACAGCAACAAAGAGAGGCUUAUUAACUAUUUUUUUUGGGUUGAGUUAUUCAAUUGGGUCAGCACUCAUGGGGGCGUAGGAGAUUGUGUGACUUUCACAUGUCUGUUUUAUGUACAUAUGAACUUUUAUAUAGCUCACUGUAUAUAGUGUGUUUUAGGUUUAUUCUAUGUAUAAUAUUUUUUAAGCAAUGUCCAAAGGUGGUAAUCUAGACAAUAUUGUCCAUGCCGACUAAU